AUGGGGAAACCUAGACCGCAAAAGAAGAAGUCCUCCAAAUCCCGUGCAAAGUCCGUCCUUGGCCCUGGUGGCUCAGUCUCGAAACACAAAAUGGCCCAAACUCCCACCGAAAUACUCGAUCAAGCCACGAUCCUCCUACAGACCGGCCGCGUUGAUGAAGCGUUGGAAAGUGCACAGCAAGCGCUAGAGCUUACAGCUGGCAACGGUAAUGCGCAGCUGCCCGCAUUGAACUUGCUGGGAGAAAUCAACGUUGAGCUGGGAGAUGUCGAUACCGCUAGAGAAUGUUUCCUGCGCUCUGUUGAGCUGGACCCCACUGGCUCGAUACCGGAAUCCGAGGGUGGUGGUGCAGAAAAGUUCAUGUGGCUUGCUCAAUUGAGUGAGCAGGGUGGAGUCGACAGUGUCCAAUGGUUCGAGAAGGGUGUUUCCUCUCUACGCCAGACUUUGCAGUCGCUGGAGGGAAAGACUGGUGCAGAGGAUGCUGCAAGUGCUGAGGAGAAGAAGAUUAAACUGGCGAAUGCACUCUGUGCCGUUGCUGAGAUUUAUAUGACUGAUCUUUCCUGGGAGGAAGAUGCAGAGGCUCGAUGUGAGUCGCUUAUCACAGAAGCCAUUACUGCCACGCCCGAGGCCCCAGAGAUCCUUCAGACUCUUGCCUCUAUCCGGAUUUCACAAUUGCGAACUGAAGAUGCACAGGCUGCGCUGAAGAAGAGUAUUGGCCUGUGGAAGGAUCUGGCUCCUGAAGACCCCAAGGUGCCGGACUUCCCGGUGCGCAUCAGUCUUGCACGACUCCUCAUGGAGGUGACACUGGAGUUUGAGGCUCUGGAGGUCCUUGAACGACUCAUUUUGGAGGACGAUCAGAGUGUGGAGGCAUGGUACCUUGGCGGUUGGUGUCUCCAUCUGCUGGCAGAGAAGCAACAGGCACCGCAGGAUAUCAAAGAAGACGAAUCCGAAUCACCGCGACAUGCUUCCCUGGUCGCGAGCCGGGAGUGGCUGAAACAGAGCUUGAAGCUUUACGAACAACUGGACUACGAGGAUGAUCGUCUUCGGGAUCAUGCCCUGGAAUUAGUUCAGGGAAUUGACCAAGAAGUUGGAGAGGAUAUGGAUGACAGUGAGGCGGAGGGCGAUGGGGAAGACUGGGAUGGAGAGAUCGACAUUGAGUCGGACGAUGAGGAUCACGAGAUGGCUGAUUCAUGA